AUGGAUACAAAAAGAACAACACAUAACCUACCCAUUCACAAGCAUCCUCUUUUCCCUUCAACUAUGUUUCGUCUUGUUGAAUGUGGUGGCUGCCAUGUAGAAGAAACCAUCUACGGCGGCUACGUAUGCAAUGAGCCUUACUGUAACGCUUGGUUUCAUAAGGAGUGCGCUGAAGCUCCACCAGAGAUUAAUCAUCACCCUUCCCACUUAGAGCAUCCUCUCCUUCUCACUAAUGACUCUCAAUCGGGUCCAUGUGAUAUUUGUGGAAAAGAGCUUUGGUCCCUAGGCUAUACAUGUCCCACAUGUAAAUUCAAGGUGGAUCUGAUUUGCGGGAUGAAGCCUUGGGCACCUGCUAUUGAACACCCCGUGUGUCAUGACCAUUCACUCGUGUUUUUGAAGAAACAAGAUGUGAAGAUCUCUUGUGAAGCAUGCAAACAAUAUAUUGGUGGACCGUCCUAUUCAUGUCUUGAAUGCCAUAUGUACUUCCACUUGGAUUGUGUUCAUCUCUCAAAAGAGAUAAAUCAUCCUUGUCACUCAGGUCACCCUCUCAAUUGCGUUCAUCUCUCAAAAGAGAUAAAUCUUCCUUGUCACUCAGGUCACCCUCUCAAAGUCUUAGAAGAUUUGUAUGCCGGUCACCCUCUCAAAUUCUUAGAAGAUUUGUAUGCCGCCAUAGUGAACAUACUCUAA